GUUAUGCAUGUUCCCCGGGGGGUUGGGGUCGGAGCUGCGGCCUGUUAGUGACGGGAUUUGCUCGGUGUUGCCGCGGCGUGGAGAAGUUGUUUGCCGUCUUACAGGUUGUGUGUACCACGUCAUUCAAGGUGUUGGGCUUUCUGGGCAAAAUGUUCUGAAACUGAUACCAGUGUCAAAGCCAGCAAGCAAUUUAAUCCCAGUGUUUCAGCAGCCUGUGAUCUCUGGUAUAUCGAAACAAAAGCUAGCAGUGCUGCCUCCUGUGCUUUUAAAUUCCACCUUGCCCACACCAGUAACCUUGCCUGAGUUACUGCAACCCACUUUUGACAAUUAUAUCAUCACAACGAACAACAGUCUUGCAGAAAGUGAAAAAACUGUUCUUGUUGAACAGACGUCUCCCCUUCAGAACGUAACUGUGAUCCUUGAGAAGCCCCAUGUGACUGUUCCAUCGAGCGUGCCUCAGCCAGCAGCACCAACAUUUGUCAUCAUGAAACCGACGCCAGCUGAGGUUACUGUAAAUUCACCCCUCAUGUUGCCUUUAGGACAUCAUCUCCAAAUUCCUGCUAAUGCUGAAGUGAAAUCCGUCCCAGCCUCUUCAUUGCCUAUCGCUAUUCAGCAGAAGAUCAUCACAGCAGCUAACCGCGGAGAUGCCAAUAGAAAUCCUUCUGUUAUAUAUGUUUCUCCAGUUAACACUGUGCGGACCUUGGCUGCAAAACCAUUGAGCCCCAAGACUGGCAAAACAUCCCCAGCGUCAGUAGGUGUUAUGGUACCAGCUCCUAAAUCUUUUCAGUCAACUGCAGAAUCUCCAAACAGACCAAUGAAAUGGAUUGUGCAACAGAAUAAAGAGUCGGCAGCCUGCCUUGUUCCAGUAAAAUCCUCCAAUGACACUGCUUCAAAGAUUCUAAAACUGCUAUCAGGGGCUCAAAAUGACCAAAAGAACCUUGCAAAUGUGUUGCCCGUGUCCAACAGCCCUGCUAGUUCUACUACAAAAGCUAUUCAUAUUAAAGACAAUGCUCUAGUUAUGUACAAUAAUAAAAUUUAUCUACUGGCCAAACGGGGGUCAGACAUUUUUGAUUCAGAAGCUAAAAAACCUGAGCCAUCUAGUCAUGCCUCUCCUGACCCUAUCAAAGAUAUCUCCAAUAAAGUGGUGGAAGUACUUUCAAAAAAUAAAACUUCCGGGCCUUGUGGCAAUGAGCAGAUAAGUUCUACUGCAGAGAACACUACUCCGAACUUGAACAUUAAACAGACCUUUACUCCCAAGCCUUUGCAAGGGACCAGGGCUUUGACCAAUGGAAUUUCUGUUAAUGGUUCUGAAAAGCACUUGACUAUUCCUAGACCUUCGCAAAAAGAUAACAUGUCCACCCCUCCAAAGAAGACACCUGCAAUUAAUAGAAACGGUGUCACAGAUGAACCCGAGGAACCUGUUCCCAUUGCACAGAUGAACCAGGUACAGAGACUGCCAACACCUGUUGGAAAGCGUGCAAAAACGUCAACUCCAGUUACUCAGAGCAGCGAUAAAAUUUUGAGACUGAAAUUCGGUUUGAUUAAAAAAGAAAAAGUCAUUCUGAGGAGGCUUCCUUUACUACGGGCGCAGACCUCAUCAAAGGAACAGGUUGCAGUGGAACAGCAUCCACAAAAAAGAAAAUCGGCGUCUCCAUACCCUGCACAUCAGCUAAAGAGGAGAAAGAGCCUGGAUGAAUCUGUUGUUCGCCAAGACUUUGCCCCUGCCAGGUCCUCGCGUACAGCAUCCGCGCCCCCUGUAACACUAGGUUCUGUCUCGCCUGCACCAAUAAUUUCCGGUGCUCUUGCGAAUACCUCAGCCAAGAAUAAAAACCCAAACCCAUUGUCUAGUCCCCCAGAACCAAGUAAUUCUGAUGAACGUUCCUCCCAUUCGAAUCCAGAGCCUGCGGGCCAGUACUUUCCGACCAUUGCUCCGGUUUAUUUUGAUGAUACAAUUCGAGAUGAGAAAAUCCACCGGCUUAAAGAGCUGCUCAAGGAACGGGAACAAGAACUGGAGGCAAUAAGAAAAAAGAUAAGAUCUUAAAUGUGCUCCGAUUCCUUACAGAUCACAACCAUUGGUCAUCAGUAGGAACCAUUAGAUCUUUCUAUUGCAAUGAUUGGAGGCUAAAAGAUAUUCCUACAAAGCUUUCUUAGCUACAGUUUAUUCUGAUAAGGUGAGGACUCGUCCCUAUAUUCAGUGUCAAUUUGUUUUUGAUUUUUUCUUUAUUCUUCUAGAGCCAGCAUGGUACUUGUACUGGAUUUAGGCUGGGCAUAACCUUAUAUUUAGAUUUUGGUUUCUGUAGCAAUGAAUGCAAAACAAGUGAAACGUUUUUAACGUGGGACAUUUCUAUAUAUUAUUUACUUGUGUUCUAGUAGCAAAGGUGUACUUUACUUCCUGUAGGUGUAACUUGUUCCUGGUGUAAUAUAGAGGGGAGCAUGAGUUAUCCUCCAGGGGCACAAACACACUACCAUGCACCUAGCUUACUCUACAUUUAUAUUGUUUAUAUCAUUCUAUACAAUUUUAUCAAACUUGAGAUGAGAAUUCUAGCUCUUUAUUUGUGGGAUAUGAGAACUGUGUAUCUGAU